UAAGAAAAUCCAACGGACACAGGCACACAACAUCUACAAUAGUCUUGAUCAAUCUUUCUUUCACCUUUCAAUUCAAGAACUUCCGGUCUCGCACUAGAAAUUCGUGUUUUAGUUUCUCUCUGGUUUCUUCGAAAAUCGAACUCCAUCACUUCUAGUAUUAACCGGGACAAAUUAAGCUUUGUUAAUUUUGUACACUUUAGUUUGAUCCUCGGCUGUAACUUCAGAAGGAUACAUAAAAUCAUGGAGAACAUCAAGGAAGCACAAGCAAGUGAGAACACCGACAACAAGAAAAGUUCAACACGCCUCUCAGAUAAUAUAAUGCCUCAUAUUCUCAACUUAUAUUCAUCCCCCAAACCUCAAGAUUUUGAGAUAUAUACUCCAGAUGCAACGUUUGAGGAUCCACUAAUGUGCGCUCAAGGAGUGAAGGAGAUCAAGUCAGCAUUUUAUUCAAUUCCAAAGAUUUUUAGCGAGUCCAGAAUUGUUGAGUACAACAUACAAGAAGAUGAAAUUUCACCUGGUUCAGGACAGAUACUAGUUGACAACAAGCAACACUACAAGUUCUUGGGGAAAGAUGUGACGAUGAUAUCACUUAUUACGCUACAGGUUAAAGAAGGGAAGGUUGUUCGACAUGAAGAUUGGUGGGAUAAGAAGCCUCUUUGGAAUAAGGACACUGUGAAGGUACCAGUAUUGGGACGACUCAUUGAGAUGAGCCGCAGGGGAUCUAUGUUCGCAACUCAUCUUAUGAUGGGGUUCGGUAAGGAUCCAAGUCCAUAAGUAUAUACUAGUAUUUCGUAAAUUUGAACACCAGAUUCUGAUAUCUGUCGCUAGUGAGAUCCUCCUUUUGAAGCAUCAUAUGUACUAAUUAACUGAAUCCCCAUCUAAUAGGCAGUAGAUAGAUAUGCAUGUAUAACUUGUGUAACAACCACUUGUGUACGAUUUGAAGAUGUAAUAAAGAUUGUCAUAAUAUGAUGUAAUAAAGAUUGUCUUAGGUGCAUAAGGAUGGAGUACAUGCGGUGUUAAGCUUUUUCGAUGUCGGCACUUUUAUGAUGCA